GUGAUUUUACCCCUUGGCCAUCGUCGGACUCGAGGAUAAAUACCAAACACACGAAAAGACUGCAAUUAUUUAUUAAAUUUGCCUUCAAUUUGCGUGGCCUUCACGGGUCUGCUUGGGCAAUUUGCAAGUGCGAGAUCACUUGGCGACGUCUUGCCUUUGUCCAAGCCAAAUUUGGUGCCGAUUCGUCGUUGACCAGAGCGAAUUUUCCUGCAAAAUCACAACAGAGCUUCACGGUAAACUGCGCGGCGAGGUUUCACUUUGCUGCUCUAGUUUUUUAUUCAGCGCCCUGCUAUGCUUAUAAAAAAAGGAGGGUUAUCAUGAGCGCUGUAACAUGAACAACUUGGCCUCGGAAUCGUCGUCAGCAACAGCAGCUGCCCCUAAGAGGGGUUUGGCUGCCGGGUUGCCUGACAGGGUAGCUCAACUUUACUACUCACAUGGUCUCUUCAUUGCCAGCCAUCCCUACACAGUUGUGAUAUUUGCCGUCGCCAUUAUUCUAGCUUGUUGUUACCCCUUGACUAGCAUACCAUUGCCAGGCAAUGUACCCCAGCAAUACAGGACUUUCGUCUCAAAUCACACCCACCAGAACCAAACCGGCCACUUUGAUGUCCCGCCCAGAUGGUUCUCUAACUCUCCUCUCUGUUAUGUUCAACAAGUUGUUGUUAAAAGUGCUGUUGUGCCAUGGAGUAACGAACUGAUUUUGACUGAUGCAUUUAGGGCACCACUGGAAGGAGUCUUUCAUAUCAUAGAAGCAAUUCAAAACUACCAAAAUCACGCCAAUAGUCAGAUGUUGGGAAAUUUGUGUCUCCACAUCGAAGCUGUCAAAGAAAAAAUUGGUGGCAAAAUUAAAUUCCCCGAGUACAACUGCUUGGUGCUGUCGCCUGCAAACCUGUGGCAAAACAACCGAGCAUCUUUCCAGGAUGACGCAAACAUUCUCGGCACCAUCUUCUCACACCAGAAUCUUCAGAAGGGCAAGGUCAGUCUGCCUGAGAUGCUCUUCGGCAUGAACAUGCAAGACACGGGCAUCAAGCGCUACCCUCUAAGGUCAAGACAGCGAUUUCUGCAGUACGCUGUCACUAUCGUUUUUCAAGAUUAUGAUCAGCAAUUCAUCGACGGACUGAAAGAAAUGUUGAUGGGAAUCUACCCACUUUACUCACAAAACUUGAGCUCAGCUCGGCCUCAAGAAAUCUGGCACAUUUACUACCCAGGAGAAAUCAACUAUCGAGAAUUUGUGCCUCUUCUAGUGACCUACGCCGCUCUCUUUUUCUACGUUUACUUCUCCCUUAGGAAGAUGGACUUUGUGAAAUCAAAGGUUGGCAUAGCUUUUAGUGCAGUGAUCACAGUGGCCUCUUCUUUGGCAAUGGCCGUUGGCCUGUGCUUCUUUUUCGGUUUGAGACUCUCUUUGGAUGGCAAGGAAGUCUUUCCUUAUGUUGUGGUUGCUGUCGGACUGGAAAACGUCCUGAUUCUUACGAAGUCGAUCAUUUCGACGCAGGCUCACCUAGAUGUGAAAAUCCGGGUUGCUCAAGGCUUAAGCAAGGAAGGUUGGAAUAUCACAAAGAAUCUCCUCACCGAAGUCACCAUUCUCACCAUUGGAUUGCUAACGUUUGUUCCUGCGAUACAAGAGUUUUGCAUUUUUGCUGUUGUCGGACUCAUCGCAGACUUCUUUCUUCACAUGUUCUUCUAUUCAGCUGUUUUGGCAAUUGACAUCCGCCGAUCAGAGUUGUCCGAACCGGCUUUGAAAUCUCUUCAACGACAGCCCUACGACCUUGAUCUUUCGUCAGGGUCUCGUCUGUCUCGGUCCAAGUCUCAUCCCAGACUGAGCACUGCCGGCCUCUAUCCCACCAAUAUUGUAGCGUUUUCACCGCAAAAUCCGUCUGCUGCUGGAAAGAGCGCCUCCGUGCCUAAAAGAUUACGACUUGUGCACUUUUGGACGAGAACUAGAAUUUUCCAGCGAGCCUUUAUGAUUUGUAUGGUUGUUUGGAUUGGGAUGAUUGCCUACAACGCUCAGCUUGUGCAAAAGCUGGCCGAGGUGAACAGAAACGGGACAGCAAAAAAUUCAGCCAAGACGAGCAGCGGUUCCCGAACCAAAGCAAAUUCUGGAGCUCCUUCCCAAACGAACAACCUGUCACCGAUUAUGAUGAAUCUGUCCUCCUGGGAAAGUCAGCACAUGGAUGAUUUAUUAAAACUGGUCCAUUCUGGUUUGGGGCCUUGGAGGAUGCUCUCGCAGCACCACUGGGCUUCGAUUCUUCGACUUUACAACAUUUCCACCGCUGGGCACUAUCUCAGCAUUUUGCCUCCCAUCACAGUCUCGGUUGCAGUUUCUCCAGAACAAGCAAAAAUACUUAGAAAUCCCAACGAGAAAGGAGUGCCCGUCCAAAGCCAGUGGCAAGCGCUGGCUGCAGCUCUCGAUCCACUCGACUUUGCAGGUGCCCAAGGCAACAUUGAUGCAAUGAGUGUGGAUUCGCAACCGUCAAUGUCGGAAGUGCCCUAUGUUCCGCAGUCUCCAAUGGAGCUCUUUCUCACUGCAGUUCUCUGCAUAAUUAGCGUCCUCGUAGUGGCUUAUUUCCUUAUAGUGCUAUACAGAUGUGUUUGCACAAGAAACUAUGCAGAGUGGCGAACAAGUUGGGCCAGUGGAGAAUCUGUGUGCUCAGACUCGAGCACCCAGGUUGUCUUGGAAUCGAUGCCUGUAGUUUUGGAAGGGCAUCCUCAGCAGAUCGAAUGCCUCACCACAGACGGAUCUGUUGUUGCCAGCACUUGUCUUUCGGGAGAAGUGCGGUCGUGGAAUGUAUUCAGUGGGGAGUGCAUGGCUGUCAUCAAUAGGAGAAGAUUUUUCUGCACACCUCUGAAGCCAAGAUAUGCAAGCGAUCAAGACCUAGACGAUCUGCCUUAUUCCGACUAUGAAUCCGGCUCUCCACCAUCACAAGGCCGGAGGAGCAACUCGAAUCUGUACAAUUUGGAUAAUGAGGACUCCAGGUACGUUUUGAACAAAGAGAAUUUGCCACACCAAUCAGCCAGAAAUUCUGGGGACUUGGAUUGGUAUCAAAUUAGAGAUUCGACUUCAAACCUUUACUCAAAGACUGAAAUUCCCGGUUCAAUUAACAUCAACUUUACAUCCUCCAAAUCCACUGACACAAUGGCCUCUUCUCCGAGUGGCUAUGAUUUUGGCAGGUACCAUUCCUUCGAGGAAGAACGUCCAACAGGAAUGCACCAUAUUUCCAACGAAGCUGAAGUUGUCACUCCUGAAAACGUCCACCUUGAGCCUCCACUUGCGUCCACUCUAGAGCCUCCUCCGAUUUGGUGCAUCGACUGCCAAUCCAAUCAAAUUGUGAUUGGCUGUGCAAAUGGAAGACUGGAGCUUUGGGAGGCUACCACUGGAAAGUUUAAGUGUUUGAUGGAAGAUCCAAAUGGGAUUGGAUCAACUUCCCUCAAAAUUAUUGGUAACCGUGUUGUGGUUGCCAAGUUGAAUGGAUGCAUCGAUUUUCUAGAGAUAGACAGUUAUAGAAAAGGAAAAAGAGACAGUUGGGGUUUUUCAUCUUUUAGAAGAACUCAUAUAAGGACUGGAAGUGCUGGCUCGAUGGAUUGGGAAGCAUCUGUGUCUGGAGGUAUUUCAGAAGAAGUUUGCUUCCAGAAAUUGGCCACCGUCCGAGCCCACCAACAGCCAAUUACUGUGCUCGACUCGGAAGGUGCUCGAGUACUGAGUGGCAGUCAGGAUCACACUCUGAGAGUGUAUCGAUUGGAGGACCAACUCCCUCUUUUCACCCUUCACGGCCACUGUGGCCCCAUCACUGCUUUGUUCAUCGACAAGAUUUCACCCAUGAUGUCCGGAAGUGGAAGUCAAGACGGAAUGCUCUGCGUUUGGGAUUUGCUGACAGGCGCCUGCAUGUACAGCAUUCAGGCUCAUGACGGCAGCAUUCAAUCGUUGGCCUACUCUGCUAGUUAUGUUCUCAGUCUCGGAGUGGACGAUAAACUGUGUGUGUGGGAGAGAUUCCAGGGCCAUUUGCUGAACACAAUUUCUAUUCCCCAGUCGUACUGUUGCAGCAUGGUUAUGCUCACACACAACCUGCUGAUUACGAGCAAACAAGAUUCUCUCUUAGUUUGGGAUGUGCGCCGUGGCGAACCCAUCAGGGCUGUCCGUUUAGGUGUGGCGGCCUCCACUGGUGUCUUUGUGCAACAUUUGAUCACAGUGCACGAUUCAGUGGUGUGUGACUACGGCUCACAAUUGCGUGUUGUUCGCUUCCCUCUGGUCUCCGACAGCAAAACCACUGACUGAUCCUCUCAAGCCAAAUAACAAUUCACUAUGUUUGUUAAAAAUUUGAAUUUAUAAUGUCAAUCUUUUAAGUUAUUUUCAGUGUAAGACUUGUAUCGUACCAAAUUUAUAAUUAAUUAGCACUUGUCUCAGACUAGCAAACAACAGUCUGUAAAUAUUUUGCGUCAGUUUGAAUCUUGAAGUGGUCAAUUUUAUUCAAGGAUCGCUAAUAGGUUACAGAAGUUUUGACAAUUUUGAAAAAUAUAAACCAUUUGGGUUUAGAUGCUUUUUAGCCUUGGUAUGAAAUACUAAAUAAUGCUUUUCACAAGAAAAUCUUAAAAAAUAUAAAAAUGAAUCUGACGUUGAGGCUAUAAUAUUGUAUUUAUAAAUUUAGGAUGUAAAAAUCUAAAUUUAUUUUUUGUAUGAAUAAAAUUUUCUGCGCAUAAAGAGA